UCAAAAGGUGAAAACAAGAUGGCGACGAUAGUUGCAAAUCAAUCUGUGAUGGCCAAUUUUUGGUAAAAUAAAGUGGUUUUUAGUUCGAAAAAUGCAAACAAUUCAUAUUAAUUAAGAAGUUUUAAGGGAUUAACGCUACUAACACAAACGCAUCAAAAUGAGUUACGAAGUGUCGGAGGAGCCCGAUCUUAUCUCGGACCUGGGCAUCGGGCAGUUCAACACAACUCAGUCGAUUGAGGACAUGAAGCUGGACAAGAAUAUGGUUUGGUUGCUGCUGUCCCUGAUCUCGUCAAUCGUCUGGGUUGUGUACAUCACAUUCUACAAUUCCCGCGUUUUCGGCUAUUUCAUCACCAAACUCGUGAAUCGACUGUUUAUAAAAGGAGCAUACUUCAAGAUUGGCUCGCUCAAUGUUAAUCCACUCGCUGGUAAAAUCAUGUUCCGUGACGUUGUUUACGUUAAUUACGAUUACACGGUUCGUGUGCAAGAUGGUUACUUCAUAUUCCGAUGGUGGCGUUCGUACGUCCCAAAAGACGUGUCUGAAGAUUUGUCACAUUCGGAUACGCGCCUUUCGGUUAUGCUGAAUGGACUAGAGCUUCAUAUUUACAAUCGAUCCGACUUGUAUGCGAAAUUGGAGCAAACCUUUGGCCUCAAACCAUCAAUUCUCAUCCCGACGGAGACUAUGAGCGCCGAAGAGAUAGUACGCUUCAAGGAGCAAGCAAUGAACUAUGAAAAUCAAAGACAAACUAACGAACAGCAGGGCAAGAUUAAAAAGCCAAGACCAGAAGCCAUGACUGCAACUACAUGGAGAGAUUUGAUCCCAGUGAUCAAGAUAGACAUCUGUUCCGGAAGAUUCGUAUUUGGGAAUCGUCUUACCCCAACAACUUUGUCGAUUUGUGUAGAAGAAGCUCACUGCGUUUACUCUACGAAACCAGCAGUGUCCAAAUUGGACCAUUUUAUGCAUUUUGUGAAAGCGAAAGUGGAGAAUGCCAAAGUUUUACUUGCACCGAGUCCAAAAUAUACCGGCUUAGUGGAUGAACCCCCACGCUACAUGGGUGAAGGUUUCGUGGUCAUGAUGUCUAAUAAUAUAGAGUUGUACACCUACAUGGAUGAAUGCGGUGUAGUUCCAGAAGAACCAGUAACGCUUACGCUAACGAAUGGUGAUGUAGUGGAAGCAGCCCCUCCAAUUUGGGGCAUUGAUAUUAAGUGUGGCAAAGGAACGGAUUUUAGUUACGGACCGUGGGCUGAUCGGCAAAGAGAUCAUCUGUUCAAAUUUUUCUUUCCACCGGAUUAUCAAGCAAUGCAAGUAACCAAGCCACCAAAACCAGGUGAUCGACGAGAGGUUCAGUCGUUCGACAUAAGCUUGUGCACGCUAAACGAAGCAACAAUCGACAUUUUGUUUUCCAAAGUAAAGGAAACGAAUGCAGUGCAUGUGAAUAUCGGAGCUGGUUCAUAUUUGGAGGUAACGCUGCCAUGGAUAACUCUUCAGGAUGGAUUCACCACUAAAGUCACUGGACAACUGUUGCAUGUAGAAGCAACAACAAGUCUGCAGUUCAGAAGUCUUGCCGAGUGCGAAACACUUCAGUUCAAUGUAAAAGUUCACUAUCCGGUUCGUUGGAAUGAACAUCAAGAAUGGACGAUUAAUUUGACUGGUAGUAAAGCGACAGCAUACAUUGUGUUCUCUCACAAAGAAUUUUUCCAAGAUUUGAUUGAAGAUUGGGCAUCAAAGGCACGUCCGGACAUUCUUAGCUUCGUUCCAUACACGUGGAAGUUUGGAGUUAUUCUGAAGGAGUUUGAAAUUAUCACACUCAGCAGCGAGUUCAACUGGAUUGAUUGUUCAAGCACGAAUCAGGAGAAUCAUCACCUGGCGUUCUGUGGCGAUUUGUUUGAUUUGAGUUUCACAUUACCGUUCGACGAUUUUUUGCCUCUGAAAAUACCAAUCGUGUUUUGGAUUCACGGAGAAGGACUUGAUUUGAGUAUGUACGUUCCCGAACAGUCGAGCAGCAAACCAAUAUUGAUAGCGCUUGACAAAAAUGCUCAGAUAUUAACACGCGAUGGAAGCAUUAAACAGCGAAGUGAAUUAAUCACUAAAAAGUGGCGGCGAGUUUGUCUACGAUCUGCUGGUUGGAUCGAUUGUUGGACGGUUCCCAUUGUGGCGCUUUCAAUCAAAUACAUCUAUCAUCCAAUGCCCCCACUAGGGCCAGAUCCACAAGCUGAUAUUACAACUCCGGAAAAGGAGGAAAUUCUUCUAAGUCCGAUGCGAAUACCGAAAAUGCGUAAAUCACCAGCCAUUACGUGGAACGACGCCGGACAGCCUCGGUUUGAUCCAACAUCCCUUCCGCCAGACCAGGUAUCUGUUGAAUUGGAAAUCGGUUCAUCAAUCAUGCUUGCUUAUGGAUCAAUCCUGAGGAAUUUCAUUCAUUUGAAAGAAAAUAUCUUUGGCGAAGAUCAAUCAUUCACCGACAUGGAAAACUCCAACUCAAAAUCAGGUAACGGCAAUGCGAACAGUGGUGGAUCGAAAUCAACCAGCUCAAAGGAUGAUCCAAACAAAUCGGUGUCCGAGGCAAGUGCGAAUGCAGAAGAGAAACCAAAACGGUUCGAUCCUCGAUUGUUCCGUCCACUGGAGGUCAUUGUGAGUGUAACGAUUCACGAUCUUCAAGCACAUGUCAUGAAAAAUUGCAACGAGAAUGAUCCACCAUGCCCAGUUGUGUUGAUUGAACGGUUAGGUUUCGAAAUGAAGAAGAGAUAUAACGAAACGGAACUGCAAGUUUUGGUUAGCCCCUCUUUUCUAAUAUCGGCGGACAGCAGCAUGCGGCCAUCCAAGGAUAAACACUUGAAGCAAGGUCAUCUGCUUUUAUCAGCGGUUCAAGUGCGGGGUCAUGCCAUGUUCAGCAACGAAGGACGAGCUCUCGAAGAGGAAACUCUGGAAUAUGCUUGGCUGCUGGAGGUUCAGUUGGGAAAGUUGUCCGGGAAAAUGACACCACCCCAGCUGUUCAACGUUAUAACCGGAUUAGAAACGCUGGCUUUUCUUACUUUGGACUCUGAAAAUGAUCUUAAAUCUCCAAAAACAACCCGUUACUGCCACCAUGGCAUUCCAACUAAUAUCUGUUCGCACACAAAAGAUGACGCCAAGUACCGUUGCCCCUCAACGGAGGACAUCAAAUACCGCAUGACUCGGGUGGCUAUCGAUGCCGUUGACUUUUAUUUGGUUGAAAAUGGAACCGCAUUACACACGUGGAUCUCUCCUAUCCGUAUCGCAACCUGUAAUUUGCACGGUCAGCAGGUAAAAUCCGGCGUGACUGGAUUGAUACCGACCAUCUUGCUGCGACAGUUUGUAUCCACAGGAGGACAUUUUAGCCAUAGUAAUGGCAAUUCACACAGUAACACCAACACUACCGGAAGUGGUCGAUCUGCCAAGGCUCAUCAUCAGAGCUCGAUGAAAAUGGAUUCCGAACGGAAGGAAGAACACCAUAAACGACCUGAUGAUGUGAAACCAAAAAAGAGCAUGGAUGCACACCAACAGCAAGGCCCGUCCCACCGACGGGACUCCAAAGAAGAUCCGUACGGAUCGUUGCCCAAUCGUCGUAACCACGAAUCCGAUUACUAUCGUCGUGAAAGGGAAGACAUUUACGCCUCGGUUCACUCGACCCGCAACAGUAAUAGAGACAUCGAUUCGACCGAGCCCUGGCUAGAGGUUGGUUGUGUGUCGCUGGGUCCGGUGAUUAUUGAAGCUGCCUCCGCGCUUCCAAUUCCAGAACACUGCCUGCAUCUGGUUCAGCACAACUAUUUGAAGCUCCAUGACGAAAAAUCUAAAAAGUUGUGGUUCCUGUGGGCCAACACUAGCGAUCCAAUCCGUUGCGGAUGCGUUGGAGGGUGUGCUUUCUUCGGUUCUAAUCGUAAUGGGCCACGUUUCUUCAAACCGUCUGCUCAGGAUCUUCAGGAUUUCAUCAACAUUGCCCGGUACCACAUCCAUCCGAGCUCCCGCGAGUAUGGCUUUGGACAAAGUUUACUGCACGUCGAUCAGUUGGUUUUCCACACACCACCGUAUAGCUUGCAGCCGGUUUCGCUGCAAGAAUGCUACGAGUACGUGGGCAAGCCGAAUCUUCGCACAACGCAUGCCAAGUCUCCGCUGCCGCCGAAACAUGAAUCUAUUAUGACGCAGAAGCAAAGCGACAUUUCUCCCAACAGUACGAUGAUUCGCAGUGGAGGGGCUGGAAGUGAUAAGUCGGGCAAAUCGUCGCUAGAGCGCGUUAAGGAGAAGGAUAACGGAUCACCACUAAGUGCGGACCGCAGCAGAGGACGGCGCUUCUCGUACACUAGUGCAAGACAAAACACAAUAUCCCAUGACGUACCGUACUAUCGACUGCUAGAGUCAAGUCCUAAGGCCAACAGCAUCAAGGUAUCAACCCCAACGGCAAUGCGCGACUCAGAGUCUCGUCUCCUGACACCAAAGGCGAUCAAGGUGCAAGCCCCGAAAACGAGUGCAUCGGAUUCGCGCCUGACGAUGGAGUAUUUCCAGGGUGACGACAGUCAGAUGAGUACGUCUGACGAGCUCACGGAGCUGUCCCAAUCGGCACCUCAGCCCCAUCCGCUGGAGUCCGAUUCGGAACAUUCGCUCAGUCCGAAGGUUCCUGACGAAGUCAUAAUUCGAGACGUUCAGCGUACCGUUUCGUUGACGUCGGAAAACCCAUCAGAAGCAUUCUUUUCGGCUGAUGAAGACCUACAUGCGUCGCGAAGUUCCAGCCUGAAGGCAACCACAGCUGAAAUGUCUACGGUUAUACCGAAGAAACGGUUUGCAUCUGAUCUGAGCAUCGUAGGGCCAAAUGAACUCGAGGGAAAACUGUCGACACACCGAAGUGACUACGAAAUUCACACUCCUGAACAUCGUAGUCUACCCAUGAGACCGCAAUCUACGGCAGAACUGAACGAGGAGGAGCGCCGGAUUCAUGGUCUAGCGACACCCCUUCGCAAAUUCAGUAACAUUUCACCGCGGCCCGAGUUCCGCCAUUUCAAGCCGGUUUAUGACGUUGAUCCUCACGACUCGUCCGAGUCGCACUCACUCUCGUCGAGUUCCUUCAUUUCGGCAAUGUCAUCCCAAGAGGACAUCACCCUGGUGAAUCUGCACAUGCAGAUCAACCGUCCGAUCGUCGACUCGCCACUUCUGAUGGCCAGCUACGUGACCCACCUGGCACAGGUGCGGUGCUCCAACUGGUCCCACUGCUCGAUGCCGUUCGGCGCGGACGCAUUCUCGAUGCCCCUGUUCCAGCAGAACGACGACGGAGGUUUGGUCUACAUCGGGAGCAAACUGGUUCCGCACUUUGACAAUUACUCGCACUGGCGCGAAGUGAAGGUCAUAUCGCGAUACGACGGAAGCGGCCAGCAACCGACGUCCUCGAUGUCCACCCUGCCGAGGCCACACCCGUGGGACCCGAGCGUUAUGGUGCGGGGAAGUUUCGAAAAGCAGGAAAGCAAAGAACACGAGAAUGAAUUCCUGAGCUCGCAAGGAGAGACGGCCACGAGAAAUUCGGUGGUGGUGCGGUUCAAAGGGCAGGUCGACAUCAUGGUCACACCGCUAUUGCUGGAGGGGUUGCAAAGAAUGGUCGAGUCGUUGAUCCCCACCCUAUCAACGCUGCACCCACUGACGAUCAUCAACGAUACGCAUGCGUCGUGCGUGCGCAAGGUAGAAGCCGUCAACAUCCUAAAGCGUGAUCAAUCGCUCAGCUACUGGUCCCAGGUGCACUCGAACUCGAAACGGUCCACAGCGGAGCGUAACCUGCAAGGUCCCGGUGGUCCCGUCUUGACUGACGUGUACGAAGAAAGCAUCUCCACCCAGUUGCAAGGUUUGGUUGUGCUGCCAAAGGUAAACGUAACGAUGAUUCAGAGCUCUGUGAUUGAAGAAGUGAUCUCGUUUGCUGCGCUGGACAACGUCCAGGAGUUGAGCUGUGCCUCACUGUUGGCGGUUUGUUUCGAAGGAGUCUCGACUAGGUUCCAUCUGGGUAAGACUACCAAAGCUUCCAUGCACACCGUCUAUACCCAGCCAACGGUUCGCAGCGGAGGUUUAAAGAAAAGUGGAUUGAUUCGAGGAACCAGAGCACUGCUAGCGCACCUUUCCUCCCAAUCGCGACCGGAUAACGUCCCUGGGGAACCUGUUUUGCUAGAAACAUCGGAGAAACAACUCGAAGAGUUGAUAAUAACGUUGGACGUAGGAAAUGCGCAUGCUCAGCUGAGAAGGCUUAAAAAUGAACCGAUAGCUGUGCAAGACUCACAGAUCGUGAUAACAGCGAUUCCGACGCACCGUACGCGAGCCAUGUUCGAUUGCACUAAGAUCCCCGAAGAACCGGCCGUGGAGGGCAACUCCGGCAUGGGAUACAUCAUGUUCGAGUGUGGACUGGAAGGAGUGAGUGUAAAGAUCGUCAAAAGAUCGCAGUUUGAAAAAUCGGAAAAUGCUGAAGAAGCCCUGAAGCCGGUUCCGCCACCUGAAGUUGUAAACUCAGAGGUUAAUCAAAACAGUGUAACGGGCAACAACCCACUUAACUUGGUCACACUUUUGAACGAAGCUGGUGGAAGUAUGGCCGCUGAAGCUUUGGCAAAAAUUGGCAUGAAGAAACCCUCCACUCCAAAAGCGGGAGCUGCCAAAGACAAGAGCAUUACUGAAACUCGCGCCAAAGACAAACCCGUGGAUAACCGAACUACUCGCGAACGAUUCUCAUACAAAACAGCAGAAACACCUAACCCGGAUGAGGAUCAACCGAAAGACCAAACUCCACAAAUGGGAUCAAAUGGUGUCGGAGAUGAAAAGGGCCCUUUCAACGCACUGAUACCAGCCAAAAACAACAACGGCAAAACUUCAUCUUGCGUCAUCGACUUCAAAACAGUCUGGUUCAAUUUUGCCGCCCCUCCGAGAUCCCCAAUCACGCGAAAGAUCGAUUACACCCGGCUUGAUUGGAACCUUCUGAGCACGGCAUCGCCGGCCAUUACAGCUUGGAUGAACCCGAGCAAUCGUUUUGCAAUUAAAGUUGUCUCCAUGGUUCGAGCAAUGUACGUGCGACGCACUGCUGUCCUGGUCGCUCUUAUGGCUGAUGCUUGGGAAAGACAAACCGUCCACAGACCGAUCAAGAGUCGAUAUCCAGGGAUGUUCACUCCGCUGGCCAAAACCCUACAGGAGGAUCCAAGCUGUUUGCUGUGUACGAUGCUGCAGAAAUAUGUCCUAGAAGAAACAGUCAUCAAGGUCGAGAAUGACCUUAAGCAGCAGUACAUUCCUCAGCUGAGCACCUUGAGACAGGCCGUCAUUGUACUCAGUCGUCAGUGGAAAAAUGUGCUCUACAAUCCUAUGCUAUUUGAACAUCAGUACAAGGGCAAGCUGAACAAUCCAAUCAGUGUCACCUUCUCCUUGCCACAAGAUGAGGACGCAGAGGACACGGAUGACAUUGACGCUGAGAAUUAUCCGGUGGGUAUCAUCGAAAACCACCCCCUGAUUGAUGAGGAAAAUGAGCGCACAAUGUUGCUUGGCCAAAGCGUGCAAGCUCAGCACCACCAGUCGACGGCCACAACCGGUGGCCAUCAGCACCACGUAAUCAAAAUGCCAGAGGAACCGGUACAGAUCCACGUAACCAAGCUAGGAGACUCCAUUAACACCUCUCCCAGUACUAACAACUCGAACAAACUACGGAAAAAGUCCUCGGUAAAGAGUUUUAUUCCUCCAGCAGCACCUUCCUCGCGCUCUAGCAUGCAAAUGUUUCCAAUUAUCUUCGAUAAGCACGAUCCCCAGAUCGAAUACGGAGCGUUGAAGGAAGGUUCGUUGCCCUCAGUGUGCAGUUCGUCGGACUCGAUGGACAAGCCGUGGACUCCGCCACCGAACCAGAAAGAAGAUCUUUACUCGUGGAUGGCGAAGCAACAAAAUGGAGCCACCAAAACUAGCCGCGACAAGGAGAAGCACGAGAAUGUUCGUCAAGCGUCGAAGAAUCGUCCGGAGAUUCAAUCGGUUAGGUUUAUGCAGGAAAACAAUCGGAUUCUUGAUGCACAUCUCAUUUUUGAACCGAUGCUAACCUGCCUCGGAGUUAUGCCCCAGCAGAUGAUCAACAAUGUGUCCAACACGGAUGUUUCCUCGCUGGACAGUCUGGGUACCAAUUUAUCUCUCGUAUGUUCUUUCGAUACCAUGCGCAUCGACAUAGUCGUGAGCGAGGCUGGCGAUUCCAAAAAACCAAAGCCAAAGAUGGGAAAAAAGAGCAACGGAAAGUUUUCGCUUAUCAUGCCUCCAGAACAACCUGCUUUCUUGUGUGAAUAUGUUGGAGUUGAGUUGGAGUUGUUGCGAAUGACGGACGGUUUCCCGGACGACACCAAGCAUCACAUGUUGUACAUUUCCAGAGGUCAAUUGAAGAAACAUACCAGCACUGUUAUAAACUUCAGCCUGAAUUGCAAGUAUCUGUCCCAGCAAGUGAAUAUGCCCUUGCUAAGACUACUUCAUCAAAUCACAAAUAUGUAUCAAAACGUAAAAGAUGCUCAGAACGAGCUUCGCGAUCAUCCGGAAACUGGAAAGAGAAGUGCUCCGUUGAAGGAUGAGUCCAGCCUGGCCUCGGAGAUCAAUGAUCCAACACUGAUGGGAAGUCUCAACGAACCGUUGAUGACCCACAUCGAUAAUGCAAUCUUCGACUAUGCCGACGAACGGUACGACAAGUUCAACGAAGACAUUCCAGCAAUGCGUCACGAGCUACGACAUUCCGUCAGUCGGUCAAAGAUGCCCAGCUUGGGCCCGUUGAUCCCGCUGACACCUUCUCCCAACUCGCGCAAUAGGCCGCACAGCUUCGCUCAGAAACUACGCAGCACCAGCAAGUCCGUGAAGGGCAAGUUGGGCUACACGAACCUGAACGAUACGAUCACCACUCCGGUCAAGACCAGUCCCACGGCGUUGAUAUUUUCCGAUGCUCUCUCGCUGGACGCGAAGAACUCCAUCACCGGUGGACUCUCCAGCACGUACGGAGGACCCAAUGUAAAUGAAGCUUUUGUAGAUUUUACGGCACCGUUCGAUCGAUCAACGUUCACCGGACCGAUUCACAGCAUGCUGGACACACCAAAGUGCUGGAAAACGGUCUACCACCUGCUGGAUCUCUACUCGGCGAUGCCCGAAACGAAAACUAUCGCGCAUCGUGUAUCCCUAUCGCCGGAUGCCGUCGGCCAAAUCCGAGCGCGCAAGUAUAACCUGCUACAUGACACCAAAGGAUUUUCCGGUCGAGAAGACGACGACAUCGGAUCGGGAACACCGAUUCCGAAAGACGUUGGCGUUCUGGCCCAGGAGCGAACCCGGCUGGUAGUGUUUGGGGUAGCUAAAAUUCAUCGCACCCGACUGCUGGCCACGCUUAGCGGGUUGAAACUCGAAGCGGAAAUAACGGCGCUUCACAGUAGCACCACGUGGCGUAAAAAGUCACGACCGGCUUCGCUGGAAUGUUCCCUUACGGGUCAGGUGGGACGGGCUAUGAUUGUGCUGCUGGAAGGGGUUCCACCAAAUCAGCAAACUGUCGUUAAAGUAACUAUCGGAAAGAGCCAAACACUGUACUCAAGCAUCACACGCAAGGGCAAAGAUAAGAAUAACGGAUUGCUCUCAAUUGGAGUCGUCAACAUUGACAUUCCCCAACAUCCGGUUGCACUCCAUGGAAUGAUGACUCGUGGAUCGAAGCAGAUCUCUUCCACCCUGCAAGAACUCCGUGUGACGAGAAGCUCCGCUCGAAUGACUCGACAGAACGAAGAGCCGGAAUCUCCGUUGCACAAUCAACGUGAAUCAAGGGAUAAGACUCCUACGGCUCGUAAAGCAAGUUCGGCUACCGUAAAACCGGCUCCAGCUAAUCCAAGUGGAUUACUGCAGCCUCUGGUAAUGCAAUUUAACAUAAUUCUGCAAAGCUUAUCCGUGACAGCAGCCCUGCUGCCGUCCUUGCAAGCUCAGUACAAGAUGGACCAUGUGACAUCAACAGGAGUCACUGGCAGUAAGGCAAAAUUCACGGUAGAUUUGCCAAAUCACAGUCUGAGCUUUACCACCAAGGUUCAAACCACGGAAACCAAUUUACCAUCAGAGGCAUGCAUCGCUCUACCCCCGGUUCACGUAACAGCUGAAUAUGUUCCCGAAAAUUCCACUGAAGAAGCCCCAAUGGACGGAGUUGUACUACGACAAGGAGGAUAUCUGGACGCUACGGCGGAAAUUGGAGUCUUUGAGCGUUGUCUCUCUACAGACCUCCUGAACCACCUCGUAUUCGUUCAGAAGGUGUUCAUGAAAGAAGUCAACGAAGUUGUGCAAAAAGUUUACGGAGGCGAGAAACCAGUUCCGAUUUGGUCGGAGGAUGCAGAACCAGAUAAUGGAUCACAAAUAAAAAGAAUUUUGUUCUCGCUAAACAUCCGUGUAAAGCGUAUCCAAUUGACCGCUACGACGCCGUGUAAUUCCGCGGUGAGAUUCGAAACAGGUCAACUCGAUUUGCAUCUGUCGAACCGGGUUAAGAAUCUUGCCGAAGCAUCAAACACCAAGCUAUUUGGCAAAGCGCAAAUCGAUCUUAAUCUUUCUCUCGGACAAAUCAUCAAAAAUGUGAUUUUCGAUGAAGCUGAACCGGAGUUCCAGCAGCAUGCAUUUUUCAAUACCACAAUCGGACUUCGCAAUGCUUUCCAAGACGAAAUGAUGAACGAUAAGGAGCUUGUGUUGAUUACCUUAAAGAGACCACUGAUCUACGUUCAACCGAUUGCCGUUGACAAGGCCAUCCUGGUUUGGCUCAACUACAAGAACGCCUACGAAUAUUGGACCGAGAAGCGAGCAAAUCUCAACAAAGAAGUUCUGAUGGCCACCCAACAGGUAUUUGAGAAGGUACCGUUUGAAAAGCUGAGUCAACAUCUAAACACCGCAAAUCUAUCGACACUGUUCCUGCAAUUGACCGUGGAAGAUAUGGGCAUUUGCUUACCUCUCAACCAACCACCACAACAGUGGGGUAAUCGCUCGGUUGGAGACUUCGAACAAAAAGGAGCUGUAGUUAUCACGCUAGAAAACACAAUAAUUUCCGCGUGUAGUUGUGGCUCUCUCGUCUCAAAGGGCAAGUUUGUUGGCCUAUGUCUUCGUUUCGCCGAGGAUUUUGACUCUUCAUUGGACGAGUGGAAGCCCAACAUGAACGACUCAAGCAUCAUGAACUUGUGCGUCGUGUCCGAAGGAACGUACGAAGUUUGCUCGCGUACGAUAGCGGCCAAACACCCGGACAAUGCCAAAUGGUUCCUCAAUGUAAAGUGGCAAAUGGAGGGGGUUGAUAUCCACCUUGACGUCAAUAUUGGCAAACAACUGUCCGCGCUGGGACACACGCUCACCAUGCUGACCGGAUCGGAAGACGACGAACCCAUUUCAUCGGACACGCAGGAUAGUGACGACGCUGAUCAAGUCGAUGGAAACAGGACUUCGCAAGAGUUUGGCGCCAAAGGACGAAAAUCUGUUGAUUCGCUACCGUCAUUUUUGUUCGACACUACUUUGGAUCCGAAGAAGCGAUCGCUGCUGAUGGAGAAUGAAAUUGCUGAACAGACAAAGACUGUUAAUGAUCUGAGAACGCUUGGUGCUUCGAUCAAGACAAUUGAAAAUGAAGAGAGAAGACUGCAAGAGCUACAAGCAAUCUGCUACAAGUAUUUUAGAAGGGAUAUGUUGCAGAAAUGGAAACGACCUACAAUUCGUAAAACUAUGCUCAAGUCUACAAACCGGUCGCGAUCUUUCAUUGCUCCAUCGCCUACCCGCGAGGACAUGAUGGAGUCCGGAGAAUGUUCCACUAUGAUGGAAGGGAUGAGCGGCAACGAUGGUUUGCUCAAUAGUCUGCAAGAAUCCCCGAACUCGGGUCCAUCUAGGAGUGCAUCACUGCGGGUAAAGAUACCACAAGCUAGCCGAGUAACCUUCACCGAUGCCAUGCGCCAAUCUUCGUUGCCGAGUGCGGAUUCCGAUGUGGCGUUUUCGGAUUCUGGCCUCGAUUGGCCGCGCUACGAUUCAGCGUCACUGACUUCGGAGGUUCCACACCUGUUGGAAAUCGACGGUGAGCAGGUUGAGCUGAGGAAGAAAAGUCCGAACCAUCCGCAGAAGCAACAGGAGCCGAAUAUUGACUUUGAGUUGGACAUAAAGGUACUGGUGAACUCCGGAAAGUGUGUUCUGCACACAAAGGAUGUGACAGACGACAAGAUGACUACCAGUGUAAGCACCACGGUGAAGCAACAUAAACGGGAACGUAGUAUUGGCACAGAUUGGGGAAGUCCAGUUCCACCGCGGCGAAACAAGGAAAAGUCUAAAAUGAAGUACAAUUCACCGUACACGGUGCUAGUGGAUCUAACCAUCUUUCACAUUCCGGGAUUAGACGUAAAGCUGCAGUACCAGUCCAAGAUAAUCGACGACGAUGUUUCACCGCGUUACACCACUAGCGAUCCGUUUGGAGUUACUCGAAGACAUGGAUCAAAGCGAGCAACUCUGUUUGCGUGGAUGACCCUGCAGAGCAUUCCGGAAGAAACGAUCAUUUCACCCCACAUUCUGGAAUUUUUAGAGCAAACACUUGAGCCAAUUCCGUCUAAGGUUCUGUCAAUACCAUCAAACCCAGUGAACCUUCAAAUGUUGGAGAACAACUAUGCUGCUUACGCCAGUUUUCCUGUGGACGUAGUCGUUUACUUCCAUAUGCAACCUUCAACGUUCCGAUUCUCUUGUCUACCUGUUUCAAGGGUCGAAUGCAUGCUUCAACUGCCUAGCUUGGACAUCAUUUUCAGCUCUAAUCGCCAAGAAGAUGAACAGCCAUCAACCACGGGUUAUGGAGAAGGAGAAGGAAAAUCCGCGGGAGGUUUAAGUGUCACUGGGUGUCUCGCGGACUUUAACGUGUUCAUCUUUCACCCGUACGGUAAAAAGACGAACCUGAGGGAAUCGCAUCAAUAUAGUCCGUUAGCGGAUAGUGAACGCAAAGAUUCGCUGAGUAUCAAUGUAGAAUUUGUCAAGUUUCAUAUCACGAGGUCGAAGAAGAUCAACUACGAAGCGGGCAUGAGUCGGAAAAUGUCAGAUCAGUCCAAGGCUAUCAUACGGUUUUCUACGAUCGUGGACAUUGGAUCUGCUUCGUUCAAGUAUGACAUGCGAAGGCUAACGGAGAUUCUGGCAUUCCCUAAGGCUUGGUACAGGAGAAGUAUUGUGAGGAGAAUGUUUUUAGGAGAUUUGAGCGUGCAACAAGUAAGCAUGUGUGAUUUGGAGAGCGUAUCAGAAGACUGCAGCAGCAUGAACAUGAACGAUCCGGACCCAUCAGAGGAACGACCGGAGCCACUGAGCAGAGAUAAAUUGAAGUUAAGCUUGGAUGGCGAUUUGCCUAAGCAUAGCAUGGGCAGCACGAGUUCCUCUUCAACGACGGCGCGAUUGAAGCAUCAAAAGUCUUCAAGCUUAGACUCAAAUACGUCUCCAUCGGAUGUUAAUCAGAUAACUUCGUGGGAGACUCUAGUCUUGUUUGCAGUAAACUUUACCAAGCUGAACGUGCAAAUGAACAUGGGAAAUGUGAUGGGAAAUAUAGUUUGGUUGACAAAAGCAUUCCGAAGUGAUGGACGGUUAAGUAUUGGUAGCACCGGUCAUAAAAAUAUGUACAUUGGAGUUGGACUGGGAGGAUCUUCGCUGGAUGCCAAGGGAGGAAUUGUUGGUGGUAACAUUGAACUAAGUAAAAUUGACACUUUCAUUCAUAUCCGGGAAGAUCCUGGCUGCGAACCGGACCACAAGGUUGGAAUUAAACUGAUGGCACUGGAGUUGAAGUUCGAUUACAUGGGAACCAGUGUCCUCAUGACCAGAAUCAGUAAUCUGAGUGCUCAGCUGCGAGAUCAGUGGAAAUUCUCCAAAGAUCAUGACUUCAGCAACACUUUGCCUACAAACUUACCGGCAAUUAUACUGAUCCACGGAGACUUGUCCUGGGAUCAGCUUCAAAUGAUGAUUUCAAAAUCAACGACCGCCGACAUCUUGAAGAUGUUCUACAAAUUGGAAGAAUUUUUCUCGCAGCAAUUCAAAUCUUCCAAGCGAGUGUUUUCGAGUCUUGAACCGCGGCUGGCCGUGAACAAUUCCGCCAGUGUACGACGCAACGAUUCUACGAAGAAAAGUUCAGCAGGUCCAUCUAUUGCGGAACGUGAACUAAGUGUACAUGACGCGCGUCACCACCGUCACUGGCAACGUCCACUGCGGCAAACGAAGGGACUGUGGCUGUCAACGCUGGGAGUCCCUCUGUCAAGUAUCGGAACCGUGCUGGGAGGGACCAUGGAGUUGCACGGUAAAAAUAUUUCACUCGCCUGUUUCCAUGGCAUUAACUUCAAGUCCAAGUCGUGGGCCUUGUUCAGUUUGAAGGAACCGUGCAUAAAUUUUGCCACGGAAGCGCAACACGUAGAAUCUACGGAGGAAGUGCACGUCAUUCAGACGCUCACGUUCGGGCUGGGCAUGAACACCCAACAACCGUCGCAACAUCACUCGAACGCGACCGUCGUCCGGAUGACCCGGAAUGUGAUAUUCCCACCGCAGUUCAAGACACUGCACGAAUGGUUCCAUUAUGCAUUUGCCAACAGUGAAAUUGAUGCCGUCGAUCGCUUCCCGGUGCUGGAACGUGACAAAGAACAUCACACCAACUCGAUUGAGCGCGCCCGGGGAACUGCCGGUGGUGCAGCAUCUCAUCCAAAGCUGCAAGAUCCGAAUCACAACAGGGAAGUCAUCUUUGCUCUGCCCAGUCUUCAGCUGCAUUUUAAGACGGAACACAUGCAAGGAAUCUCGACGCCGGAUGUUUCACAAGACAAACCACUUGUCGAGUGCAGUUUCAUUACAGAGUUUGAAGAUCACAUUUUUGUCACUGUGGAUGCAGAUGCGUUCUUCUUUCUACAUGAUCUCAUUACUUCAUAUCUAAAAGAGAAGGAUAAAGUGCUUGGUACGAUAACGAGUGCGCGUCCGGCUUCACCGAAUCCGCACCCACCGGCACCAUCCCCAUCGCCGACUCCGUCAUCCCAGUCAAACUUGAAACCCGGCCGAAGCAGCACCUCGAGCAACUCUUCGACCCAGGACUUGUCCUCGAGUCAGUCGAUUGCUAACGGGAGUGCGGUCAACAUCAAUGAAGCCGGAACAAGUUCCAAGAGUCGGGCCGAGGAGAAACCAGCCAGUACAAAGCACGUGAAUAUUAAGGUGGAAAAGUCCGACGUGGAAAUGCUCAUGAGAACGGACUGGCGGCAUUUCAACUGUAAAACUUGGCAUUUGGAACCGACUGUUAGACUGCUAUCGUGGGCUGGCAAGUCCAUUGAGCCGUACGGCAUCGACUACAUUCUGAACAAGCUUGGCUUUAGCCACGCGCGAACGACAAUUCCAAAAUGGUUGCAGCGUGGUGUGAUGGAUCCGCUGGAUAAGGUGGAGGCACUGUUGAUGCUUCAGCUGUUGCUCAUGGCAAAAGAAAACGGAACUGACGAGAAAGAGGCCGCCCGAAAUCGUUACGCGGAGUGAAGAUAAAUGUAUUGCUACUCGUUAUCGAAAUAGUCUGAUUUAAACUCAAUUAUCAUGAUAAUCACCCAAUUCAGAGCAAGAUUAAACAAUGUUUAGUGUUUGGAACUCAAUCGAUGUUAGAAAUUGAUCUGAGACAAAAAACUGCUUAUCUCUCUCUAGUCCUUGCUUUGAGCAACAUCACAAAAGGCUAGGUUUGUUCGAAAUAUGGCGGGAACUGAACACGAGAUGAGUAAAUGAAGGUACUACAAGCUUGAGAUAUAUUAUCAACGUUCCUUUAAUUGUUUAUUAUGGGUGGUAUUUGUUGAAUCAAAUUGUGUACAUGGUGCGAUUAUCUCUAGAAAAAAGUGUUUUUUUUUUAUAAUUAAAUUGGUGUUUGUAAAAGUUCCUAUUUUCUAUGAAAUUCAAAAUUGAUUACACAUCAAGUUAGGUUUGGUAAAUUUUAUGUACGAUUUGAUACUUUUACUCAGUUUCAUGGUAAAUUGCGAACAAAAUUGGGAACAAACCUUCGUCUAAUGUGUAUUUUUGUGCACGAUUUGGAUUGCUUCGGCAAUUCAAAUAUAUCUGCAAUAACCUUAUAUAAAUAAAGCAAUAAUGUCUAUCAAAAUUAU